GGUAGUAUUGUGUAGAAUAGAAGGCUAGUGGGGAAGAAGUCGUGUGUAGCUAGAUUUGAGAAUAAGUGUUCAGACUGUUUGAUUUUAUUAAUUGAAAAAGUUCGUUAAUACCAGAUUGGCUGACAAAAUAUUUCGAGAUAUAUAACAUGGCAGGUAUUGGCAGGCGUCUUAUCCCAUUAAUGGAUAGGAUUUUAGUUCAAAGGUUUGAACCAGAACUGAAAACCAAGGGAGGCAUCAUGAUUCCUGAAAAAGCUCAAGCUAAAAUACAAAGUGCAAAAGUAAUAGCAGUUGGUCCUGGUGCUCGUAACGAGAAAGGAGAGACGAUUCCAGUUGGCGUUAAACCUGGAGAUGAUGUGCUCUUACCAGAAUAUGGUGGUACAAAAGUUGAAAUUGAAGAAAAGGAGUUCUACUUGUUCCGAGAUGGUGACAUUCUCGGGAAAUGGGAGAGCUGAGAGGGAAAUUGUUUUAUUUUUGUGUUUAGGGAAUCAUUUUAUAUAGUACUUUGAGAUUAACGUGUUAUGUUAUGAAGUUGCUGUUUUUCCUUAAAGUUGAAAAAGAAUAGUAAAAGUUCCAUUUUCCAGUUUAUAGAAAAUUUUUCUUUCCAGGCCAUAAACUGUAUUAUUUUUCCAUUAUGUACAUUAUAGAAUAAAUCAGCAAUAACAAAAA